AUGGCCGGCGUCGCGGAACAUCCAAUAAAGUCAAAUGAGCUGUCGACGUUCUCAUGUACAUUGCUGGAGAUGAACGAAAAUAAGGAGUUGUUACCAAGAGUGCGGAAAAAAGGAACGAAGUUGUCACGGAUGCCGAAGAAGCCCGACGAUUUUGUGUUCUUACGAAUUCUUGGCGAAGGUGCUUACAGCACAGUCUACCUCGUACGUGAACUUUGUGGUGGACAAAUACAGGCCGCUAAGGUUGUGGAAAAAGAUUUCAUCAAUCGGCAUCAAAAAAUGGCUGCCAUAAUUCGCGAAAAGAAUAUUCUGGCAUCUUUGACGUACGAACAAGGUGGGCAUCCGUUCGUGAUUCAGCUCCAUUGUACUUUUCAUGACUCACAACGAUUGUACUUCGUCACUGAUGUGGCCGAACGCGGUGAUUUACUGGAUGCACUGAAUCGUCUGGGAACAUUCGACAUUCCCUCUGCACGAUUUUAUGCGGCUGAAAUCGUGGUUGCGCUGGAGUUCAUUCACAGCCAUGGAGUUGUACAUCGCGAUUUGAAGCCGGAAAAUGUGCUUAUUCGUAGGAGCGGACAUAUAAUGCUUACCGAUUUUGGCAGCGCACAAAUCUAUGACGAGAAAUUGUUUGUUCAUUACGAAGAGGAGAAGGAUGAUACAUCAACACAAGUGGGAAAGCUUGACCAAGAGAGGAACAAUUCUGAAGCUGCAGCUGAAUCCAGUAGUGACAGCUCAUCGGAGACAGAAGAAGACGGACCCGAAGUUCCAGAUCGUCCCCGUCGAGCUACGUUCGUUGGCACUGCUCAGUAUGUGAGCCCCGAAAUGCUCAGAGGUGAAGAGGUUGGACCACCAUGCGAUUAUUGGGCACUAGGUGCAAUAGUUUUCCAGUUAAUCUCCGGGCAGGCGCCAUUCCGUGCAAUUAAUGACUUUCAUCUGAUGAACAAAAUACAGAAGCUCGAUCUAUCCUUCCCAGACGACUUUCCAGAAUUGGUGAAAGAUCUUGUAGCAAAACUUCUUGUGCUCGAUCCAGCAGUACGCUUAGGAACUGGAAAUCUCAGCAGUUUGAAGUCACACGCGUUCUUUGAAGGCACUAACUGGAUGAACAUUGAGAAUACAACGCCUCCAGAUAUCUUACCGCCUAUGUCCAAGAGUAUGGAAGAAGUCGGCAAUUCAGAUGUACUAAUUCAGCCAGGACUGGACGAGAAGGCCCUAGGACGUCUGAUGAACUCAUCCUUAUUGGGCAUAGAGUUAGAGCAGCCAUAUUUAGACGGUCAAGAUCCGUACAGCACUGUCAGAUCCUCCACUAGUAUGACAUUCGGGAGAGAAUCUCUUGCUACCAGAGACAGAAAGCUUGAGAAGCAACGUAAGGAGAAUCCUUACCAUCCAUUUGUCCAAGAUAACCUAAUCAUCCGAUCCGGCUUUAUCGAUAAGAAGAAGGGACUUUUUGCGCGGAGGCGAAUGUUUCUGCUGACUGAAGGCCCGCAUCUCUUCUAUGUUGAUCCUAAUAGUAUGGAACUCAAAGGCGAAGUACCGUGGUCACCUUGCAUGCGAGCGGAAGCGAAGAAUUUCCGAGCAUUCUGGGUGUACACCCCGAAACGAAUCUACUACCUAUUUGAUCCCGAAUCGAGAGCUCUUGAAUGGUGCAAAGCUAUCGAACAGAUGAAAACACGUUAUGCGGAUGAAAUUGCUGAAUCGUACGAAAAGGCAGUCAGAGAUGGGACUUUUGGAGUCAACGCUUACAAGAAACCCGGCAAUUAUUUUGGAAAUAAACGAAGAAAAGGAAGAAAUCGCAGUCAAGUUUGA